AAUGGACCCAGUCAUAAUUUAAGGUGGGGUUCCGAAUUCUUGAGAGAAUCUAAUUCCUUUGCUCUCCAAACACCACGCUAAUCUUAAUCUUCAUGGACCAAUUGUCGGCUAUUAAUCAAAACUAUUUCUUCCUGAAAGUUUGGAUUAUAUAAAACUUGAACCCAAUCGCUUCAUAAACAUGCAACAGUAAGAUUCUGAUUCUUCUCCCUAACUAACUAAUUUUGAAUUUCAUUUGUGCGAAUAAUAACCCCCAAAUCUGAAAGUCUUUCCUUCAAGAUGGAUGCACCAAAUGGAUCCCAAGAUACUGAGCAAACCCUUGAUUCACAAGUCAAAGCGUUCUUUGAUUCUGCUCCACCUCUCCAGAAUAGGAAUGAUAUCAUUCAGAAAUUGAAUCACUUCAUUCAGCUGAAUUCUUUAUCUUCAGAAAAUGGGAUAGGUAAGAGAAUUGUUUGUGUGACUUCUGGUGGCACCACUCAGGCAGUGAAUAGUGGUCUCCUGUUAAAGCUUCCCUUCAGCACUAUAUUUGAGUAUCUUCAGAUGCUGCAAAUAAUUUCAAAGCCAAUGAAGGAUAUUGGCCCACGUGCAAUGUUCUUUCUUGCUGCUGCAGUAUCUGACUUUUAUGUUCCUUGGAAGGACAUGGUAGAACAUAAAAUUCAAUCUGGAUCUCACAUCUUGGAUGUGAAACUUGUUCAAGUGCCAAAGAUGCUAUCAGUGCUUAGGAAAGAUUGGGCACCCGUUGCUUUUUGCAUAUCUUUCAAGUUAGAGACAGAUUCAAACAUUCUUAUAAAAAAGGCGCGGGGUGCUCUCGAGAAGUACAAUAUGCAUGCUGUUGUUGCGAACGAGCUCUCCACGCGCAAAGAGCAAGUGGUGGUUGUCACCAUUGACGACAAGAUUACGGUUCAACGAGAUAAGAGUAAGGCUGAUGAUGAUGUAGAGAAUCCCCUCAUUAAGCUUCUUUCUCAGAGACAUUCAGCUUACAUUGAGGAUUCGAAGAGAAUGAGGUGAAUCACUUUUUGAGUUUGACCUUUUCCACGACUUCUCCAUGUUGCAAUUCCAUGGCAAGACAACUCUCAUUGUAUGUAAUAAAACCAUGAAUAAAUGAAAAGAAGGAUUACACAAUAUAGAUAUAUUGAGAUUGUGGUUUAAGUAAAUAAAGGAAGAGAAAAUAGAAAUAAAGGGUGUUAAAAAGGAGAUAGUUUAGGAAUAGAUAUAUUGAGAUUGUGGUUACAAAUUUUCUACUUUUUUGAAUAUUUAACCAUUAACGUGUUUUGGA